AUGAGAGGAAGAUCUAUUCAUAAUUCACAGCCUUUUUAGAUGAGGUCUCCACAAAGGGCUAUAUCCCCUGUUAUACAAAUUGUUCCAUCAGUCCCUUAAUCAAUGAAUUUGGAUAAUAUUAUAAACCUGAAAAUGGAAAAAGUCUUAAUGAGUUUUGAAAUACAAAGAUUAAAUUCUGUUUUAUUAGAUAUAGAAAAAAAAAGAAUUGCAAUGAAAAACUAGAAUUAAAAACUGCAAGAGAGAGAGCAAAUUCUGCUACUUGAGAUAUAAAAUCAGAAAUAAUAAAUAAACGAUAUAUAACAAAAAGAAAAAAAUAGCAGGGAUUAAUUAAAUUAACUUUAAAGAACUUUCAGCAAAUAAGAAAAUCAAAUAAGAGAUCAGUUAAUGAGCGAUGAGAUAAAAAAAUUACAAGAAGAAAAUAUAUUGCUAGAAUAAAAACUAUCCUACCUACUAGAGGUUAAUCAAUAACAAAUUAAAAAUGAUAACGUGUUAUUUUAAAAAUCAGGAGGAUAGUUAAAAGGAAAAGAGAAUGUACUACCAUAUAGUUUACAAACUGGAUUUGAGAAUUUGCAAAAUAACAUUAUGUAGUUUAGAAAGGGCAAUUUGUUACAAAAUAAAUAUGCAAAUGCCUUAACGAUGUUGUCUGAAUUAAUGAGUUCUCAUCAUAGAUUGAUUAAAAAAUAUGAGAAUAACGAUGAUAACAAUGAAGUUGAAAUACAAUAAAUUUAAAUUUAUUUAACCUCAUUAAAUUAGGAUGUAGAAGCACUAAAAUAAUAUGAAACACCAAAAGCUGUGAGAAGAAUAUUAAAUAAUGAAAGCCCCACAAAAGGAAGGUCUUUGUCUCCUUCAAUGAGUGCAGGGGAAGUUUUUGCAAAAAUAAUGAGUCACAUAGAGCAUCUGUAAUUAGAUGGUAAUAAUAUUCCUGCCAUCAUAAAAUAAAUUUCUUUAUUAAAUUCUUUAGUAAGGUUGAAGAAUCAAGAUUUAAAACUAAUUGGAACUAAUAAUAAAUUGAGAUCUUCACCUAUCAGAUACUCUGCUGAAAGAUUAAAUGCUAGUGUGAGAGUGUUGACUCCGGUAAAGUAUGUCAGUCCAAUAAGAAUUUCUCCAAUUAGAAGCCAUACAUUUCAUACAACAGUUGGCAUUCCUUAAAAGAUAUCAAUAAUUCACUCUAGCAAAUAGGAUUCAAGUCAUAAUUUACAUAGGUAAGGGUUUAUUGAAACAAAGAGAGAUGAUUUAAAAAAUAUUUUAAGUAAAGUUAGAAAAGUACAAGAGAACACUAAUAGAUUAGAAAAUGAAAAAUAAAUCAAUUAGGAGGAAUAAUUUUGGAAAUAAAAAUAUGAGGAAGAAAUUGAGAAAUAAAAAAGAGGGUAUUCAUUAGACAGUGCAGAAUAUUAGUUAUUGGAAUAAAUUAAAGAAAAUUAAGAACUGUUAUCUCAAAUUAACUUAAUGAAAAAUGAUUUCCUUUAAUAAGAAUUAUAUAAUGAAAUGGAAUUAAAAAAGAAAUAGGCUGAGAAUAAUAAGUUGAUGGAAAUGUAGGAUUAAUAGGAACAAUAAUAAUCAUUCUUAAAUUUCUAAAUUAAAGAUCUUUAAUAGAAAAAUUUAGAAAAUGAAAAAGUUAAAUAGGACCUAUUAAUUAAAUUACAAUAAAAUGAUAAGGAAAUGUAGAGAUUAAAAAAUACAAUAAACUAAUCAAAUUUAAAACCUUAGCAAUAGGAUAAUUAUUAAAUUUAACUUUGUGAACCUCUUUUAAUUGAAAAAAAUAAGAAGUAAUUAGAAAGUGAAGAUUAAUUAAAAGAUAAAAAUUUGGAACUUCAAGAAAAAAUUAUCGAACUCUAAGAUGAAUUGAAUAAAAUUUAUUCAGAAUCAACUAAAACAAGAAGAAAUUUUACAUAAAAAGAGAUUGUUGAUCCAGAAAAAGCCAUUAGAAUUAGUUAGUUAGAAUAAGAAAAUUAAAAAUUGUAGGCAUAAAUAAAAGAAAAAGAAUUAUAGAGAAAGGAUGAUCUUAAAGAAUUCUAAGAGAUGAUAGGAAAUGGGAUCACGUAAUAAAAGGUUGUAGAUCUUAUUGCAGAAAAGUAGAAACUUCAAGAGCAUUUUAGAGUUUUGUAGAACAAGGUCGAUGCAUUAUAAUAAAAUUAAAUUAGGUUAUAAAGUGAAUUAUAGAGUAAGAAUAAAGAAUUAAAAGAAUUAGAACAAUUUUAGGGUGAAUAAAAUCAACCUUAUAUAUAAGGUUAAAUAAAUUUAAAUGAUUAAAUUAAUAAUUUGGAAGCCUAAUUAAUUUUGGCUAAAAAAUAAUAUUAAGAGCUAUUAGAAACUUCAUAACAAAACUCAAGUCCAAAUGGAUUGAAAGAAAAAAUAUUAUAAUAAUAGGCCUUGAUUCAUGAUUACGAAAAUUAAAUUAAUAACUUAUCCAAUAAAAUAGAGUAGGAAAUUCCUAUUUUGGAAGGACAAUUAGCCACUGCAAAUUAGUAGAUAUAGGUUGCUGAGAAUGAUAUUCUUAAUUAGGAAAAGAGAUAUAAUGAAUUAUUAAAUAAUAAGUAAUAUCUUUAGAAUCCAGAUACAUAAAUUCCUAGUGAUGAUUUGAAAAAGCUUACUGAGAAAAAUUAAGAACUUAAUCUAUAAUUGUAAUAAAAUAAUAGAAAAUUGGAAGUUCAAUUAGAUAUAGAAGAAAAGUUGAAAGAAGAGAUUAGUGAAAAAGAUAGAGAAUAUAACUUGGCAUAAUAAAUACAACAAAUUCAAUAGGAUUAGAUAAAGGAUUAGUAAUAAAAAAUUAAUAAAAUGAUAGACAAAGAACAAUAAUUAAUGUAAGAAAUAGCAAAUUUAUCAAGUAAGAUUAAUCAACAAAGAGAUAUAAAUGUUGACAAUACAAAACAAGAUAAUUAAAAUAAUAAAGAUGAUAUCAUUUAAAUAUAAGAAGAUGAUUCUGCUCUUAAAAUUAAAUAGUUAUAAGAGGAAUUAAAUAAAGUGAUUAAUGAGAAUGUUUUGAAAAACAAUGAAUGCCAAGUUCUAUAGAAAUUAAAACCUGAAAAUGAAGAAUUGAGAGCACAAUAAACCUAAUUAUAUUAUCAGAUUGUUCAAUUAUAAAAUUAAAUUCACAAUUUAGAAUCUUUUAAACCAUCAAAAUAACAGGAUAAUGAUCAAUAAUUAACUUUUGAGACUGACCCAGAAAAAACAUUAGCUAUAAGUUAAUUACAAUAGCAAAUUUAAUAAUUGAGAAAUCAAUUGUAAGAGAUUUAAAAUUAACGCGCUGAGGAUUUAUAAAAAUUCAAAGAAAUAAAUGAGAAUGGAGCAGAUCAAUAACAUAUAAUUGAACUCUUCUAAUCUAAAUAAAAUUUAGAAUAAUAAUUGAGAAAUCUAUAAAAUUAGUUAGAUAAUGCAUUAUAAGAAUAGAUUUUGAUUUAAGGGUAAUUAAUAUAAAAAAAUAAGUAAUUCUCUGAAUUUUGCUCAAAUUAUAAUGAGGAAGAUUUCAAAAAAUAAUUGGAAAAUUUAAACUAAAUAAUUUAAGAACAAUAAGAGAAGCUCUUAUAAUCCAAGUAAUAAUACCAAGAACUUUUGGAGUUAACCUCUUAAAAUUUAACUCCUAAUGGACAAAAAGAAAAGUUAUUAUAAUAAGCUAACUAAAUACAUGAAUAAUAAUAGGAAAUUUAAUUGAUGCAUCAGUAAUUGGAUAAUGAAGUUCCAAAAUUGCAAGGAGCUUUAGCAGAAUAUAAAUAAAAAUAUAAUGAUUCAUAAACAGAAAUCCAUUUACUAAUGGAAAGAUAUCAAAACCUAUUAAAUCAAAGAUCCAAAUAAGAUUAAAGUAAUGAUAAAAGUUUUUCAACAAAAAAUAAUAAUUUAUAAGAUACAAAUUUAUCUGCUUAAAAAUAUGAUGAUAAGAAUGAUUAAACCAAUAUAUCUGAUUUUUAAGAUGACAUAAAUCGGAAAAAUAUUUUACAAGAAUAAGAAAUUGCAUUAAUGCAUAAAUAAUAAGAAAAAUUCUCAUCAGAAUUAGAGGAUUUACAUAAAUAGAUAAGUUUAAAAGAUUAGGAAAUUUUGAUCCUUAAAAACAAACUUGCUGAAGGGAACACUGAGUUUUGGAAAGAAGAGUAUACAAAGUUAGCAACCCAAAAUAAGGGAAGCAUUAAAACCUAAAUUUAAGAUUCUCCAGAAUAAUACUUGAUUGUUGAUCUCCAAUAACAAAGUUAGAAAUUAAUUAAUUAAAUCGCUGAGAUUGAAGCCGAAAGAUAAGAAGAUUUAAGAAAGUUUCAAAAGAUUUUAGAGAAUGAUGGUACUAAGGAUAAUUCGGUUGUUUAAUUAUUUUCUGAAAAUCAACAACUUCAAUAAUCUAAGAGAUAGAUGUAAAAUUAAAUAGAUGAUCUAUUGUAGUAAUUAAAAGAUCAAAAAGAUCUUUAAGAUAGCAAGAUGAUAUAAAAUUUAGCCAAUCAAAUAUUAGAGUUAGAGAAUUAAAAUUAACUCUUAUCGAAAUAGUUAUAGCAAUCAAAGGAACAAUAUCAAUAACUUUAAGAAUAAUUAUAAGCUAAUUUAACUCCUAAUGGCUUAUAAGAAAAACUUUUGCAAAAUACCUAAAUUAUUCAUUAGCAACAAGAACAAAUAUUAGCAUUACAGAAUCAAAUUUAAACUGAUAUACCCGAGGUUACACAAUAAUUACAAGUAGCAGAUUAAAAUUAAAAAAAAGCACUAGAGGAAGCUCGAAAUUGGAAAGAAAAAUAUUUGAAUUUAUUAGAGAUUAAAUAGGAAAUCCCUAAAAUAUAAAUUGAUGAUAAUAUUAUAAAAUAGAUGAAUUUAGAAGAAUCCUAAGAUUAUAUAUAAACAUUAGUUAAGAAUUACUAAAAAGCUAAUGAGUAAGAGUAACAAGCUAAAAUUCUAAUAAAUGAAUAAAAGAAAUUAAUUAAUUAAUAUGAAAAUUAAAUAGAAGCAUAACAUUCAUAAAAUUCAGAUAUCAUAAAAGAAAACGCCAUCCUAAAUAAAUUAACAGAAACUUAAAACAGUUAAAUUGAAAGAUUAAGUAAAUCUAAUCAAGCAUAAUCUUAAGAAAUGAUUGAUUUGAAGAAUUAAUAAAGAUAGGAAUAAUAUUGGAAAAAUGAAUACUAAAAAUUAGCUCUAAAGUAUGGAGAAGAUGUAUCAAAUAAGUCUCCAAACUAAGAGGAUCUAAUAAAUUAAAUAGAUGAAAAUAUCUAAGUAGAGAGUAUUAAUGAACUUAAAAAUUAAAAUGAUUUAUUACAGUAAUAAUUAAUUGAUUAAAUCGAAGAACUAAAACUCACAAAGAUUAAAUUUUAAGAAUAACUGCUUUAGGCUCAAAGAUAAAUAAAUGAUUUAUUAAACAAUUAAAUUCCUUAGCCUACUUAAUCAUAAGAAUCCAUUCAAUUUUAAAAUGAUCCUUAGAAAGCCUUAUAAUUAAGUUAAUUAAAAUAAUAAAAUUAGUCUUUAAAUAAAUAAAUUGAAGAAUUAGAAUAAAUUAGAAAGAAAGAUCUUCAAAAGUUCCAAGACAUGAUUGAGAAUGGAAUCAAUGAAAAUUAAAUUUUAAGCUUACAAAAGGAAAAACAAGAAUUGCAAUCAGAAUUAAGAGUUUCAAAGAAUAAAGUUGAUAACCUUUAAUAAGAAUAGUUAAUUUUGCAAAGUUAAUUGACUUAGAAAACAAAAUAAUUAAUUGAUAUUCAUGAUUAGAUUUAAUUAGAUGAAGCUAAAAAUGUAUAAUUAUAACUAUAGAAUGAAAAUGAUCUUCUAAAGAAAUAAUUGCAUAAAAUUAAAGAAUAAUAUCAAGAAUUACUAUAAUUAUAAUCUGAAAAUUUAACACCAAAUGGCUUAUAAGAGAAGAUAUUAUAGUAAACUUAAUACAUUCAUGAUUUAGAGGAAUAGGUUUAAAGUCUAUAGCAUUAAGUUGAAACUCAAAUUCCUUAGCUUUCUGGAGAAAUAGUAGAAUUGAAAUUAAAGUUAAAAGAUGCUAUAACAGAUGCUUAAUUAUGGAAUAAUAAAUAUAACGAAGUAAUACAAAUUUAAUAAGAAAGAUCUGAAAACUAAUUAUAAAAACUACAAUUGCAGAUAGCUGAAAAGGAUGAAAAAAUUGAAUAAUAAAAACUAAAAUUUGAUCAAUUAUUUUAAGAAUAGAUAAGUUAAUUAUCUCCAUCAUCAGCAAAAGCCAAACUUCUAAAAGCAUUUUAAUAAAUUAUUGAUUUAGAAGAGAAAUUAUAAGCAGCUGAAGAUUUGAAAAAUUAAUAUUAAAGCUAGCUUAUAAAUGUUAACUAAUCGAAUCAAAUCUUAGAUGAACUCUAAGAGUAUAAACAAAAACUUGAAAUGCAAGAAAAAGUUAAUUAAAUUUAAGAUUCCUAGAUUUCAUUUUAUAAAGAAUAGCUCUCUUAGUAGAACCAAACACCCUCUAAUUAAUAAAUAAUGGAUCAACUUGAAAAUGAGAAAUAGAAAUCGUAAUUCUGGAAAUAGCAGUAUACUGAGAUGAUUAAAUAAAAGGAACCUUAAGGAGAUUUAAAUGAAAUUAUAAAAUAAAAAGAAGGCGAAAUAGUAUAAUAGUUUAAAUAACCUUAAGAUUAAAAUAGUUAAGCAUUUCUUAAAGAGAUUGAAGAUUUGAAAAAAUAAAAUAUCUAUCUUUAAUAAUUAAUAAUCAAUACACAAAGUAAAUUAAAAACCUAAGAAUAAAAAGAGCAAUUUUAGGAAGAAUACUCUUAGGAUUAAGAGAAAUAAAGUCUUGGAUUAUAGAAUUAGGCUUUGGCUAAAUAAGUGGAGGAAUUGAAAAGAAUAAAUUAAGAUAUUCUUUAAUAAAUGAAUAAGGCUCUUAGUGGAGAUGAUAAGUCGUAAUUAAUAUCAGAAUUGCUUUAGAAGAAUACUCUCUUGAAUUUAGCAAACUCUAAACUUCUAAUUGAUUUGGAAGCAAAUCAAAAGGAAUUGUUUAGAUAGGGUUAGUAAUAAUAACAAUCAAGUGAAAUGAUAAAGAAUUUAGAUAGAAGUGAUAUGACUGAUGAUAAAUAGAGAAUUGCUGAUUUAUAAAAUUAAAUCGAAUUAGCAGGAUAAUAAAUAGAUUUUUGGAAAUAAAAAUAUCAAACAGUUUUAAAUGAUUUCAGUCAAUAACAUUCACCUACCAGUUUGUAGAAAUAGUUAAUAGAUUAAGUUUCUUAAAUUCAUCAAUAAGAAGAAGCACUUUUUGUACUCUAAUAGACCACAGAUAAAGUUAAGUUAUAGAAUGAAAACCAGAUUAAUUCACUUUAAAGAGAAAUUGAAAUAAUCAAGGAUUAGAUUGAUUAAUUAUAAAAACAAUUAAUAAGUGAAUAAAAUAUUUGCUAAUAGUUAAGUCAACAAAAGAUAUAAUAGUAAUAGGUAAAUGAAAAAUAGAUUAACUUCUGGAAAGAUAAAUAUGAAAAUAAUUUAAAAAGUGUUCAUGAAAAUCCUGAAAAGGUUUAAACUAUUUUAAAAUAAGCUGAAAAGGAAGCUCAAAAUUUAAUUGUUGAAUAGGAUUUAGCUUAAAUCAAUAUGAAUCUAGAAUUAAUUGAUAGAUUAAGAAUGGAAAACUAAAAGUCUUAGGAUGAAAUUAAAUUCUAUAAGAAGAGAGUAUUAGAACUUGAGUAAUAGCAAUAGAAGAUUCAACCAAGUUAAUACGAUACUAUAUAAUCAAGGUAGUAUUAAAUUACAUAAAUGGAGAGAGAUUUAUAAAAAGCAAUUCAAAAUUAAGAGUUUUGGUAAUAAAAGUAUAAUGAUGUUGUUUAAUAAAAUAUUGACAAAGAAAUUGGUUAACAAGGAGAUGUUUAAAACUCUGCAAGUUAUUGGAGAUAAAAAUAUGAUCAAGCAGAAUAGAACAGAUAAGAAUUAAUAUAAAAAAUUGCUGAAAAAGAAAAACAAUUAGAAUAGAAUAUGCAAUCCUUUUAAUCAAUGCUUAAGGACGAAUUAAAAGAAGAGUUAACAAAGAUCAGAUCCCAAGAAAAAUAGAAGAUACCAGAACAAACACUAAAUGAAUCCAAUUUAUUACAAAAGUUAAAAGAAUAACAUGAAAAUGAGAAAUAACAAUUAAUAUAAGAGUUUUUAAGAAGAAUUGAUUAAUUAUUAAUUAGCAAUGUAUAAAAAUAUCCAGAAGGAGAAAAUUGGAAAGAACUUAUUCUGAAAUAUGAGAAAUAACGUUAAAAUGAACUUUACGAAUUGAAAUAAUAAUUACAGAUUUUAUAAAGAUCACAAAUUCAAACUCAAGAUAUCGAAUUUUAUGCUGAGAGAAGAGUCUAUGAGAAUACAAUUAAUGAACUCAAAAGUAGAAUUUAGUAUGAUGAUCAACAAGAACUUUUUGAUACUAUUGAGUAUUAAAGAAAAGUAAUACAAGGUCUAGAGGAUCAGAUAUCAUUCAUAUCAAAUCAAAAAUAGCAUUUAAAUCAACACAUUUAAGAACUAAACGAAGAAAUUGAGAUGCUUAGAGACAAUCUAUAAAAAUACCAACUUCAAUCUGAUAAUAGAAAAAAAUAACGACUUGAAGUGUUGGAGGCAAUAUCAGAGAUGAAAAGAGAAAGAACUCGAGAAAGAGACUCUUAGAAAUCACCUUUCUAAUCUAUGAGGCCUAGCCAAAAUAAAUAUUCGUAGGAUAGAUAUCCUCGGGAUUAUCUCAGGCCAUCUAAUAUACCAUAAUAGUUUUCAUCAUUUAAGGAACAUAAUUCUCCAAUUUAAAGAAUUCCUUAUCCAUCAGUUUAAUUUAUAUCUUCAUAAUAAGAGAAUAGAGAAAUACCUUAAAAAUUAUAAGAGUUGGAAGAAGUUAAGAAUAAAUACUAAACGGCGUUAAAUAAUAUACUAAAAUUAGAGACUUAAGUUGUUGAAAAGCUAUAGUAGGAUGAUAUAAUUAUUCAAUGA